CGAACACAGCUCGCUGCGACCUAAUUUUUUUUCCCCUUGCCUCUCCCUCCCUCACCAAUCAAGACUGAGACCGACUUCGACAAGGUCAGGGUCGGACGACAACGUGCGUCGAGAGAACGAGCGUGGUGCAGAGGCGCUCGGGAUUGGCGCACGUCUCUCCACGUCUUUCGGCGAAGCACGCCCAUCCUCUUUGGCUGGGCCUCUUUGGCUUCUCCCUUUUGCAUUCUCCUCUCACCUGUUUACCAGAUCCUGCUCCACCUCUCUGCUUGGCCCCCUCGGACUUUGGUCGGACAAAAUGUCCUAUUCACACACUCGGUCAAGGAGAAGACGAGAUCCAUUGGACCCGAUGGGCGCUUUGUCGCGAUUGAGGCUGAUGAUGGUGGCCCUCGUGGCCGCCUCGGCCGCGUCUGGCCUGCCCACAGGCAUUGGGACGGAGGAUACGAGGGCAGCGGACAAACGAGACGCCCACCUGUCUCCUGAAGACAAUUCAGGCCCUUCGCAUGCAGGAGGGAUAGCGGACAAGGGGCAACAAGAACUUGUCUCUUCCAGCAAUGCCCGAAAUGUUGACUCCGACAUCGUGUUCGAUGCUGCAGGCCUGGCUUUCAAGGACGAAAGCGAGGCAGACCACGUCAAGUCUGCCUGGGAAGCUGGGAGGGUAGAGACGAAAGUCGACCCAAAUUCAACGCUCAGCCGUCCUUUGCGAAACACGUAUGCAUCGUUGUCGUUCUCUGCCAAGGGCGCCAGCAAGGGCAAACAAGGGCGAAGGACUGGGCCGCCAACAGUUAACCCAGCUGGCCAAUCGCCCUUCUCGAGCGCCGACAUUGGUGCCCAUGGCUCCAAUCACUACCUCAACAUCGGCCUCUUUCGGCCAGACUACCCCUUUGUCCCCAGCGGACGCCGGCGCUUUGGCAAGCCUGACAAGGAGCACCAUCCUUUGCCAACCCCAGUAGCAGGUAACGGCAAGGUGGCGGGUGGCGUUGGGAAGCCUGUCGAUGGUGAUGAUGAGGACGACCUUAUCCACCUCUCCUCCGGACCACCGUGGUCGGUGCCGCCGUGGCAAUCGCGAAGGAAUGUCUUCAAGCAGGGCUGGACCAAAUCAAUCCUCGAUGACGAUGUCCGGCUGUCGGUGCCAGACGACCGGAGAAGACCUCGAUCAGAGACCGCUGGCAAGCUCACCAGAGACCUCCUGCGAAAGAAGUGGUGGCGGUGGAAGCCAGGCGAGGGUUAUGUGUUGAGUAGCCACAAAGACUUUGACAUCUAUCGAAAGGGCCCCGGCAUCGCCUUGGCCCAGCUGCUGCCUCCGAGGGAAAAAGCAUACGUAAGCCCACUUCCCUGGAUACCCAACCAGUCCAAGAGGGAAAUGGCGAUCUACAUUCCUCUCAUCGUCGUCGCCAUUGCCAUCGUUGCUAUUGUCAUCGAAGUGCGUGCGCAUUUUCGCACACUCGCCAAGGGCAAGGCUGCAGUCGACGGUCGUCGACGAGGGUUCGGCCCAUCGCAGCAGCAUGAACCCGCAUUCUUCGUCUACGUACCGCCUAAUGCCGACGAGGCGACCAUCGCUUCUGUUCUAGGCCGCUCCUACUCGUCAUCGGCCGAACCAUCGUCACCCGAUGCGAGCAGAGGGCUGCGGACGAGACAAAGAACAAAGGCAAGGAACCUGAGAGAACUUUGUAGAGAGGCUCUCGACCGAGGCGUGCAGCAGGUCUCGUUGACUUCCUUGCGUGGGCAUACGUCUUCGACACGGAAGAAGGCCAACGGAGCAGCCGAAGAUGGGAGAGCGACUCCGCUCCGGGCUACAAACAAGGGGAAUUUCCGGUGGACGCGAAUUCCUUCGACUGUCAACGAGACUGAAGACAGUCCAUCAAAUGGAGAAGAGGAGGACAAUGACGGACAGCAGAACAAAGAGGAGAGAGAGUCGAAGGCCAGGUCCGUGUCAAGUAGGCGACGACGACGAAAGGGCGGCGAUGGUGGUGACGACGAGGAUUCUGGAAAUGAUACCUUUGAGCUGCUCGAAAAGGGCGGCGUCAACGGCAGCUCUUCUCUGUCUUCCUCUCCGACGACAAAUCUCAACCAGUCUCCGCCCUCUUUCCUCAACACCUCGACCAAUGGCCGGUCAAGGGCCUCUAACGAAAAUCUCUCGAGCCCUUCGAGAUUGACAUCCAUUUCCAUCGCGCCUCCAUGAUUAUACAGUCACCUGACCUCACUUGCGCUUUAUAUGGCACACGACGACGACGAAUCUGACCCCUGAAUGGCACAAGAAACGAUCAAUCCAUACCCCAGUGGCAUCUGACACUUUUGCAUAUAUUUCACGACUUUGGCACCUCUUUUGGCCCAUGUACUUCUUGCAACAACAUUUUCAGGCCAUCAACAAUAAUUCACUGUUCUUCAC